UAGGCCUACCAUGUCGUCUCUGCUGCGCUCGCCGGCCACCCGCCGCGCUCUCUCGGCGGUCUCAACGAGAGGACCACAGGGGGCUUCCUUCCGCCGUGCCCCUUCGGUGGCAGCCCCCGCCUUCGGAGGAGAGUGGGGAGCCACCGUUCGCCGAGGUCUCGCGUUCCCGACCUUGCCGCGCCGCCACCUCGGCGGACCUCCUCUGCCCGGCGUCCAAGCCACUACUCCUUCCCCCGCCCAGGUCGAUCAGUUACGUCAGAGUAUGAAGCAACUAAAGGAUACUGUGGAUAAAGGAUUUGUUAUAUAUGGAUCCGUCAGACUUGUUGUUGAGGACUGCAAGCCAGAAGGUGCUUUUCGCCAGUGGUCACGGUUGUACAGUGCUAUUCUUUUGCUUUUGCUUGUCGAACGAAUGAUCAAAUCUUAAUUCGACUUUGGGGAUGAAGGCAUUUUAAGGAAACUUGUGCUAUGCUGCAGCGGUUUAAAACUUUAAAUCAACGCACUGAAACUUGGUCUACCUUUCUACCUCUGGUGUUGCUGUAUUGUGAGCCACUAUGUCACGACCCAGCCCAAGGCCCAUGACAAGACCAAGGCCCAACCCAAGAUGGCGAAGGAAGAGAUG